AUGUCGCCGGUGUGGUCGCUGGUGGUGGGGCUGCUGCUGCUGCUGCUAUGGGUACGGCACCGGGGGCUGGAGGCCGUGCUGGUGCACCACCGCUGGGUCUUCGUCUGCUUCUUCCUCAUGCCGCUUUCCAUCCUCUUUGACGUCUACUACCAGCUGCGCGCCUGGGCCGUCUGGCGCCUGCACAGCGCCCCGCGGCAGCACGGCCAGCGCGUCCGCAACAUCCAGGCGCAGGUUCGGGAAUGGAAGAAAGAAGGCAGCAAAAGGUACAUGUGCACUGGCAGGCCUGGCUGGCUGACUGUGUCCCUGCGAGUUGGCAAGUACAAAAAGACUCACAAGAACAUCAUGAUCAACUUAAUGGAUGUUCUGGAUGUGGACAGAGAAAGACAGGUUGUUCGUGUGGAACCUUUGGUGACCAUGGGCCAGCUGACUGCCUACCUGAACCCUAUGGGCUGGACUAUUCCUGUGGUGCCAGAGCUUGAUGAUCUAACAGUUGGUGGCCUGAUCAUGGGGACUGGCAUCGAGUCUUCAUCCCAUAUCUAUGGACUUUUUCAACACACCUGUGUGGCCUAUGAAAUUGUUCUUGCUGAUGGAAGCCUUGUGAGAUGCUCACCAACUGAAAAUUCAGACCUAUUUUAUGCAGUGCCUUGGUCUUGUGGUACUCUGGGUUUCCUGGUUGCAGCAGAAAUAAAAAUGAUUCCUGCCAAGAAAUAUGUCAGAUUACAUUACCAGCCUGUGAGAGGACUGCAGAAGAUUUGUGAAAAGUUUACUGAAGAGUCUAAGAAAAAGGAGAAUAGUUUUGUGGAAGGACUCGUGUAUUCUUUGGAGGAAGCAGUCAUCAUGACAGGAGUCUUGACUGAUGAAGCUGAGCAAAGCAAGAUAAACAGAAUUGGUAACUACUACAAGCCAUGGUUCUUCAAGCAUGUGGAGCAGUAUUUGAAGGAGGACAGGACUGGAACAGAGUACAUUCCCUCCAGGCAUUACUACCACAGGCACACACGCAGUAUCUUCUGGGAACUCCAGGACAUCAUUCCUUUUGGCAAUAACCCUGUUUUCCGUUACCUGUUUGGCUGGAUGGUUCCUCCCAAAAUCUCUCUGUUAAAGCUCACCCAAGGGGAAGCCAUCCGGAAGCUGUACGAGCAGCACCACGUCGUUCAGGACAUGCUGGUGCCCAUGAAGAGCCUGGAGAAAUCCAUCCAAACCUUCCACGAUGACCUUCAUGUGUACCCUCUCUGGUUAUGUCCUUUCAUAUUGCCUAAUAAUCCUGGUAUGGUCCAUCCAAAAGGAGAUGAAACAGAACUCUACGUGGAUGUAGGAGCUUAUGGAGAGCCCAAAAGGAAACAGUUUGAAGCCAGGGCUUCAAUGAGGCAGAUGGAGAAGUUUGUAAGAAGCAUGCAUGGUUUCCAGAUGCUGUAUGCAGAUUGCUAUAUGACCCGGGAGGAGUUCUGGGAUAUGUUUGAUGGUUCCUUAUACCACAAGCUGAGGGAUGAGAUGAAUUGCAAGGAUGCCUUUCCAGAAGUGUAUGACAAAAUCUGCAAAGCUGCAAGGCACUGA